GCGAGGAGGAGGAGGACGGAGAAGCAGAGAGAGAGAGAGAGAGGGGGAAGACAUACUGGUUAAAGGCUACGACAAAAACCAUGAUGAUAAUGGAGUCAAGGCGGUGGAGGAUGUCGGAUUUACCAGAAAGGACUGUUGAAAUUUGACAGAGGGCUCGCGUCAAACAGAGAGCGUUUCGUUUUUUUUAUUUUCCCCUUUUCUUUCCACCGGGUUCGGUUUCCACAUGCUGCGUGGACAUUAGAAAGGAAAGGCGAGCAGAGGCUGAGGAGCACCCCCACGGAUGCCUCGGAAGGUAAAAACGGGCUCUACCGCUGGCGCUACAGGCACCAUCUCAUCCCCCGGAUGGUGACAAAGGACAUCCUGAAGAAAAGCUCUGGACUGAUGGAUGAGGAGGAACAACAGCUUUAGCCCCCUCCACCUGACGAUUGGAAAGGAAAUAAAUCCAAUUCUGAUGGAUUUUUAGUUAAUCAUUCAUGGAGUAGCCCUAAGGAAAACCAGCUAUGUUGAAUCACUGGUGUUGGUAAAUUAUUCAUCAGAAGUAGAAGUAGGCUAUGAUUUUAAAUUGCUUUAAUGUAGCAUUCCUUACAUGUCAUUUUUGUAAUGUGUUGUCUUUUGGGGUAUCAUACAUAUUUCCAGGUUCCAUGAUUUUUUAGGCCCAUUCCAGAGAAAGGCAAAGCGGAGGAAAUCUUAGCGCAAGGAGAGCUUUGGAUAUUUAUGUGUCAAUCUGUGUGUGUGGGGGGGUUACAUAUUCAUAUUCAUUUUCUUGUUAGAGUAAAGAAGGAUAGACCAGUGCAGUAAAAGAAGAAGUUGAAAGAAAUAAGAAUAGCAAACAUGUUGCCUUCCCAAGAAGCCUCCAAGAUCUACCAUGACAACUACAUGCGCAACUCCCGGGCCAUCGGGGUUCUGUGGGCCAUCUUCACCAUCUGCUUUGCCAUCGUCAACGUGGUGGUGUUCAUCCAGCCGUACUGGAUCGGCGACAGCGUCAAGACGCCUCACAUCGGCCACUUCGGCCUGUUUCACUACUGCGUGGGCAGCGUGCAGGCGUCCAGCCAGGACCUCACCUGCGUGGGCAGCUUCUCCGACUUCGCCUCCAUCCCGUCGGGAGCCUUUAAGGCCGCCUCGGUGUUCGUGCUGCUGUCCAUGGUGCUGAUCCUCAGCUGCAUCGCCUGCAUGGCGCUCUUCUUCUUCUGCAACACCUCCACCGUUUACAAGACCUGUGCCUGGAUGCAGCUGCUGUGCGGAGUGUGCCUGGUGCUGGGUUGCAUGAUCUUCCCCAACGGAUGGGAUGCAGAAGUGAUCCGGGAUAUGUGUGGAGAGCAUUCAGGGAAAUACUCUCUGGGUGACUGCUCGGUACGCUGGGCCUACAUGCUGGCCAUCAUGGGCAUCCUCGAUGCCCUCAUUCUCUCCUUCCUGGCCUUUGUCCUGGGAAACCGGCAGACAGACUUCUAUCUUGAUGAUCUGCAGACAGACAACAAAGAUUUUGCUGUUUCAAGGAUUGAGGUACGAGACAGAAGAGAGCCACGGUAUGGAGUGCAACGUCUACACUGAGGCCAACAAAGGCCCUGAACAGCCUCUGUUUAUGUCUUUCUCUUCUCUUUCUCUCCACUCUCUAAUACUCUCCUUUCCUAUCCAAUGAUCAGGAUAUCACCCAAUCUCAAUGCAGACACCAAGUGUACAGGAUUGUGUAAGAUAAAAAAACAAAAACAAAAAAAACAACUGCAACAAACACAUGGGGAUAAACUAUAUUUUGAAAAAAAAAAAAUACAAGGUUGUACAGUGCAUUUAACACUCAACUUUCUCAAACAAAUACCUUUAUGAUAAAAAAAAAAUAUUUACUGUAUUUAAAGUCUUGAUUUUGUUUGAGAACUCCAGUCCUUAAGAUGAAGAACCAUAUUGUCCGUUUUACAGUUCUUUCUUUAAAGUGUCGCUUUUUACUUUAGUUUGUGUGAUGUGAAAAUUCAUAGCAUCAAACUAGUUGUACUCCUUGCAGAGUUACAGAUUGAAGACUCGCAAUAUAGCUGGACGUCCAUUAUUACACAUUUAAAAGACACUACAGGGACUUGUAUGGCUCUUCAUCUAAGGACUUUUAAAUGUGGUGAAUUUAAAAGGAGUACCCAUUGCAGCUUUACAGAAUUUAACAUCUCUGGGAGAUUCUCUACUGUACAUACUAAACAAUGUAAAUAACAUAACUGCUGACGCGAACAGCCGACAACAAAACCUCAUCUGACUCUGAUGCAUUCGAGUAUAGUCUUUCUACCCUUGGUUUCAGUGUUUCUUGUGCUGGAAGAGCAGCUGAAUACACACAGAUUUGUUGUGCUCCUAUGAUUCCUGACUAAUGAUGUAGAGGGAUCACACAGAUAGGAUUAACACAGAAAUCGUAGCUGGAAGAUCGUCAGAGAAGCAGAGCACCGUGACGUAGAAUAAUUGUGUUUGAUCUUUUUUUUUUGUUAUUUUGAAAAAGAAAAAUAGAAACUUCUGCUUCAACAAUACGGCCUCAAAAGAAGCUGCUUAUUGUAGAUUUUCACCCUACUUCAUGUUGUAGUUUUUAAAAUGGAAAUUAGCCACAGCUCUGAUGUUAAUUUUUUUUUUUUUUUUUUUCUAUUUCACUCAUUUAUGCCCUAUCACUACCCCUCUCCUCAGUGUGCAGUUUACUCCAGUUUAUGGUUCCAGCAUUCAGUUACCAGUUUACGCUACAGAUGUCUUAAGAUUGUGUGAACAUGACUGCUAGAGUUUGCCCCAAGUGCUGCAUUGUCUUAAGGUGAUGUCAGUUAUAUGCCUCUUCGAAAAACAGUUUUUAGUAGUCACAGAAAUCACACGUCGGACAAGCAACUCUUAGAAAUACAACAAUGUUUGAGUUACUACAGUGCAUAGACAAAAGUAAUUUGGCAAUAAAUGAAAGGGGAGAUAUUUCAUGAAUUGUCUUAAAUACAAUAAUUUUUAUACUUUUGCAGUGUAGUUAUUAACAAGGAAUUGAAAAUGUGAAAGAAUAAAUGUACUGAACUUGAAAAUGAAUCCUAAAAGCGGCUUGACGUUUCUAAAGUAUGAAAUACUUCAUAAUUAAUUAAUAAAGUAGGUAAGAACAUUUGUUUUAGGUUGAUUUUUUUUUUAUUGUAACAAUACUUUGAAGUAAUAGAUAUUCCCUAAAUUUCUCUUUUUUAAUUGUGCCUCAUUGGUAAACAGAUGCUUUUUAGGGGUGAGCAUUAGAGUUUAAUGUUUGGGUAUGAAAAGCCAGCCAAAUCUUUAGCUCAUAUUGCCAGUGACUCCAGUUUUGUGGCUUUCUUGUAUUUCAAACAUUUAAUUUUCAAGAAACAAUACAUGCUGGUAAUUUACUAAUUUAUUAAAUGAUCAAACUGGGACCUCAGUGGACCCUACAGUAGCCCUAGAACUACAACCACAUACAGCAAUUACAGCCUGGUAAGUUAUUGCUAAUGUUGAGCUCCCGCUUGGUGAACCACUGCUGUAGAAAGGUAUCCCAUUCCUCAACUAGCAGCCAGUAUGGUUGAAAUGUUCUGGUCACUUUGGCGUUAGCGGCAAGCCCAGUCUGAAUCCAAAAAGUCUUAAGUAUAGUUGAUGUAAGGAUGUAAGCAUUUACAAAGAGGAUAAAACUAACUUCCUAAAAUUGUUCAUUAGUGGUAAAUUAAACUUUGAGUUCUCUUUGCACUGAGAUUGCCUUUAGUGAUGACUAAAAACCUUGUUUAAGCAAUGACAGACACGGUGUUCCACACCAUAACACUGCCUCCAAUAAACUUGUUUAAUAUUGGCUGAGGGAAUAAAGAACUUUCUUUUCUCUACCUCAUAUUCAACUCUAAUACUUAACCCCUGGUGACGAUGUUUUGCGUGUAUAGCACCAUUAACGGGUGAUACGCAGCCUUUAAUUGAUAUAAGAUCUGAUACCAGAAAGCAUUGCUGCACACAAAAAUAAAUGUAAACAGAGAUUUAAUUACUCUUUGUAUCAAGUUUAGUUUCAUCACGAGCCAUUGACAGAUGUUGUAUCAUAGUGUGCUAGCUAAAAAAUAGAGAAAUCAUUUUGACUAAUGGAGUUUUUGUAGCUAGCCACAGGGUAAGCUACUGCUAAUUUUAGCAGUUUAAGGCAACUUAACCAAAUAUAGUUUUUUUAAUGUGGGCAAUGGAAGCUGUUAGUGUGGAAAUCGGACACGCCUCUUUCAAAAGCCACCUGUUAUUGUUGCA